UCAGAUGACGGAAGUGGACUCACAGACACGCGCCUUUUUCUGAGCUCGCUCAUGUUGUUAGGCGAAAAGAAGCUGCUACAUGCUGUUUUGUAGGCCGUUGCUGAGUCUAUGACAUCACACAUUUAGGGCCUCGGUUUGAAACGAAGCAACAUAAUUUGUCCCGCUUAGUUCAACGAAACAACAUGACUACCAAAAAGAAGCGAACGCCAAACACAGAGAGAAGCGGUUGGGUUGUUAUCGCUCCAGACUCUGUCACAGACAAAAACAAGCACGGCAGCGAUCCGGUUUUCCUGAGACUGAGGAACCCCUCCACAGAUGGAGCGUCUCUGUAUUUGCUGGGAAGUGGUGAUGAGUGGCUGUAUGAGGUCAAAGCAUUUGAAGAAGAAUUCCACUCCUGGUUUGUUGGAGAGGCUGUGCAGAGAGAUGGGCGACUUGUCUUUGUGACACCAAUGGAUCCUCUUUUUCUGAUUUUACCGUAUUUGAUGAAAUCUGGCAGAGAGGGCAAGUUUCAGCCGGUGGAUCAAGUUGUUAAAGAUGAAGACUUCCCUGCUUGCUCCAGGCUUCUCAGCUGCUCGUGUUCUUUUCUCCACAUUGCAGAAGAGAAAGAGGUGGGGGGCUUAAAGUUUCACCGAUACAGCCAAGAGAGGACCAUGAACUGGUUAAAGAAAAAGGUGGAGAGAACAGCAGCGGCUCUGAAGACGAAAAAUGUCUCUGUGGGAGAAGGAGUUAAAUCCACAACAUAUAUCAGAAUCAAGUCAGAGUCUGAGGGCCGAGAAGACUAUCUACGCUACGCUCAUGGCCUGAUAUCAGAGUACAUUAGUGAAGCGCUGAGCAAAGCCCUCCUCAAGCAUUUGGGGUUACCUGAGCUCACAAGUCCAAAGGAGGCGGAGCCUCCAGCUAAGAAACGGAAACUUUCAGACAAACCGGUGGAGGCGGGAGAGGACUACACCAAAUUCAACAGUGCAGACUUUGCAAGGAAACCUCCCAAAAAGAUGACAGCCGCUCAGAAAACUCUGGCCAAAGUGGACAAGAGCGGCAUGAAGUCGAUGUCAUCCUUCUUCAGCCCAAAAUCUAAAUAAAGGAAUUGUCUUCCCUUUUAAUUUGUACAUGCUGUUUGUAAUAAAAGAAAGGAAAUAUU